AUGGCAACCGAUGGAGUACUAUUGUCUGAACCAGACAAGGAAACGCUACUGAAUACAUUACAAUUUUUAAAAGAUUUUGAAAAACAUUUUUCAUCAAUGAUAAAUACCAAAAAACGUGACUAUUGUUUACUUGGUCAACACUUUUUAAGAAAUUUAUGUACGAUACAAGUAAAUGACACUAUGAUAUUUGUUAAUAAAAAUAAAUUACGUGAGAAAUUAUUUCCACCAGCAGAUGUAACAGUUACUGAAAUUUCCAAUUAUUUACAUUAUCAACGUCCAGCUUUUUCAAAAACUGAAAAAUUUUUAACUUGUGAAGAUGACGAACAUGGUGGGCGUGACUUAUUGAAUGUUUCGGAUAAAUAA